CAUGGUUGAGACCUUAGUAGGGUUAGUUGGGGGAACUUUCAACGUCUGAGUAUUGUUCAACAUUUUUUAUUCGUAUGUGAAACAAAAAAAAAGAACGUGUUUAGUUCAGUGUAGUUGCAUAACGCGUCUGGUAGCUGUGGUCAGGGAAACAGUUAGGGAAAUGAUGCGCUCUUCAUCAAUCCAACAGUUGUGGCGCUUGUCGGUUCUAUGCGUGCCGUCCAUGCAUUGCUCCGUUACCGCGGCGCUUGCCGUUUUGAGUCUGCUGCUCACACAAUCGUCUCCGGCAAAUUGUUUCAGCCUUUCUUGGUUUUUUAAUGAUAAAUUUUAUCGAGCAUUAGAUCCACCAAAUUACGGUGAAGAUUUUAUGUACCCUGACGAAACAGUACAGGAUAGUAAUGUGUACGAUGACUUCAGAGUAUAUUGGAAUGUUCCAACAUUUCAGUGUCAUAAGUAUGGAUAUAACUUCACUGAAGUCGGUGAAUGGGGAAUAAAGCAAAAUAUUGCAGAUAAUUUUCGAGGUGACCAGAUCAGUCUUCUUUAUGAUCCAGGUCUUUUUCCAGCUCUUUUACAGAGUGGUGGAAGUGCUCGUAGUGAUUUUGUCGUAAGAAAUGGCGGAGUACCACAUGAAGGCAAUCUUACAAAACAUUUACAAACAUUUAGUGAAGACAUAGCUUAUAGGCUUGUACCUGAUACUCAAUUUUCUGGAUUAGCCGUGAUUGACUUUGAGCAUUGGCGACCCAUGUUCGAUGAAAAUUUUGGAACAUUAUCUUCAUAUAGGGAAUAUUCUAUGGAUAUUGAAAGACAACAACAUCCAUUACGGCCUAAUGAAAUACGGCAAAAAGAAGCAAUGCGAAAAUUUGAAAAAGCGGCUUCACAGUUCUUAUCAAGAACUUUACAAGUAGCCAAAUUAUUGAGACCUAAAGCAUUUUGGGGGUACUAUGGUUAUCCAUUUUGUUUCAACUACACUCCGAAGAAUAAUCAAGCGAAAUGUUCACAGAAUGUCAUUAAAAAUAAUGAAAAAGCAAAGUGGUUAUAUGAAGAAAGCAGUGCUAUAUAUCCUUCGUUGUAUUAUAAAUUUGAAGAUAUGAAUGUGGAAACUAGAGCUAGAUUUAUGAAAGGUAGAAUGGCAGAAGCUCUACGUGUUGCUAAAAUGGCUCAGACAAAAAUACCUGUAUAUCCAUAUACGUGGCUUAAAUAUUAUGACACAAAACAAUUUGUUGACAAAAUUGAUUUAAUGAACUCUCUUAUGAUUCCUAAAAAAAAUGGAGCUUCAGGAGUUAUUAUAUGGGGUGCCUCAAAUGAUGUUAACAGCGAAAAAAAAUGUAAGGCAAUGAUGAAUUACUUAACCAAUACAUUAGGACCAACAAUAAAGGAAUUUUACAAAAAUAAUAAAAAACAAUUGAAAAGAAGAAAAGCUAAAAUGGAUAAUAUAUUUAACUAUUUUAUUGGAUAAUAUAGUAAUUAUAGAGCUAGUAAUUUUGUUACCUGAAUUUGUACAUACAACUUAGUUAAUUAGUUAUUAAAUUAUUUGUAAAUAAAUUUAAAUAUUUAUUGAAAAUAAAAUUGAAAAAAA